GAGGGGGAGCCUGUAGGUGGGGCAGUAGGAUGUGGCGCUCGGUCAGACGGUGCAUCAGAUCAGCGCGGAGUUGAGGACCGCUUCAGAGUUAACCAGAGUCUAGCUACCUCUUCAUUGUGAGCAACCAUGAAAGUUAACUGCCUCCUUCUGCUCGCCAUACCUGUCCUUGUAGUUGCUCAGUUCGUCCAAGCGCAAAACACUCAGGACUAUGUGUUCAUGACAGACGACGACUACAACUAUGGGGAUAACCCAGACUUGGAUGCCUCUCCUCAGCAACAGAUUCUCCUGCAGCCUGCUGUUGGGGUUGGACAGUCUGGGGCGGAUUUCUCAACUGAGCCAACAGAACCAGGCCCUCUGGAUUGCCGUGAGGAACAGUACCCAUGCACCAGGCUGUACUCUGUCCAUCAGCCAUGCAAGCAAUGCCUCAACAGCCUCUGCUUCUACAGCCUGCGUAGAGUGUAUAUAAUAAACAAGGAGAUUUGUGUGAGGACUGUCUGCGCCCAUGAAGAGCUUCUUAAAGCUGACCUGUGCCGGGACCAGUUCUCGCGGUGUGGUGUGGCGGCGCUGAGUGGCCACUGUGGUUCUAUGGGCGGCAGCUGUGGCAAGAGUUGUGGAGGCUGUUGAGCGUGUGAGGUCAGCAGAGACCAGCCCUAAUACUGCGUAAUCACCUGGACCCUCCCACCGUGGUCACCAUCCUUUUACUUCAGUAUUGCUACUACUCGAACCCCCCUCCCCAUCCACUAUACACUUUAAGUAUGUAUAAUAUGCAAACACAUAUAUUGUAUGUACUUGUGUGAAAUGGACUUCCAGAAUAUACAUCUAUGAACAAAUCUGCAUUUAUAUAAACACUUGUAUUUACCUUUGUACUCAAAUACUGAUGACUGUACAAUGUCACUGGUGCUAAUGAACUACACUGGUUCUAGGACAGGCAGCAUAUAUGUCCUUGCAAUGCACAGAACCAGUUUAAGGAUGUCUGAUGUCAGAAUUUAUGUCUGUGUGUCUGUGUGAUUUGUUUUUGCCUUUAUUGUAUCAUGUAUUCUUUGUUUUGUUUUUAGUGCGAUUUUUUACUUUGUACUGUAUUUGUGAUAGAAAGCAGAGUGCCAGUAAUGGUCAUCCAGUCAAUCAUGGCCACUGUGCACAAACCCCAGCCGAUGGGGCUCCAUAAAGCAUUCUUACCAGUUAUUGAUCUGCCAUCGAUCAGUGCUUUCUCUUCCUGUUAUGUCACAACCUUGGCUACAAGCUCCAACCGACUUGAAGUGUACGGAUAGUAGAGAUGACUAGUUGUCUAGUUGUGCUUGGUGAAUGCAGCUGACAUGCUGUUCCUGUACUACUGCUUCAGACUAAAUAAAUGGGUUCUCGGUUUUUUUCCACAA